AUGACUAAACAACCACUUCACCCAAUGUAUGAGGAAUACAGAGAUCCUGUCUGGCUCUUUCCUAUCACCAACAUCAUCACAUCAAUUUUAACUUUUGUUGAAUAUGCUUUAAGAAGCAUUCCAAUCUUCGGAAGAGUGUACACUUAUUUUUCACCAGUCACAAGAGUCGCACCAAUGACUGCUAAAACUAAUCCUCCACCAAAACCUCACAAAUUAAAUCCUCCACAAACUAGAGAAUUAUAUGAACCAAAUUCAACAGAACCAACCAAGACUAACUUGUCGGUAAUUAAAAAUUAUGAUUUUGAUAUUAAUGAAUUGGUUCCAAAAAAGAAUUAA